AUGCUCGCGUCGCAUCGCGACCAGGAGAACCUGGCGCACAGCCAGCAGGUUCCGACGAAGCAACAGCCAAAGACGCCCGGCGCACGCUAUCCCAAGACGCCCCUUGCGUUUCGCAACGAUGAGAACCUACCGACCGCUUUUGCGGGCAAGACCGGAUUGGGAGGCGCCGGCACCAAGCCGGGUGGAAUGGACAGGAUGACGGCCAAAAAGGGCCAGCAGCAGUCCAUGGUGACGCCGAUGGAACCGCGGACGAGGGCGCCUCUCGGGAACAAAACCACGAAUGCCAAAGCCAAGGCCGGGCGAAGCGGCGGGGUCAAGGAGAGGGUCAACGAAAUCGAAAAGUCACAGGCGAAGCAGACCAACGUACAGAAGCCGAAGCUGCAACCUGUCGAUGUUGCCCCGAUCAAGCUUAAGAUUCAGCCCGACUCACAGGACAACCAUUCGGACCACGACGACGAGCCAGAGUAUGCCCCACCGCCAGUGGCUCCGUUGCCAUACGAGUCGGAUGUUCUCCCGAAAGGCGGUCUCACAUUCGAAGGCUUGAAGAAGGAGAACUUCCUCAAGGGCUUCUACCAGCACUAUAACCGUCCUGACGGAAACGGCAUCUCACGGGAGGAGAAGAAAUUCAACGAGGAAAUGGAGGCCGUGCUGAAACGGGUCGAAGAGCGCACCCAGCGUGAUCUCGACGACUUGCAGUGGAACGCGGCAGACAUCGAAGAGACAACGGCAGCCAUCCGACGCAAGCCUGAGGAAAGCAAGGACGAGAGAGCGAGAGUCAGGGCGGGCACGCAGCGGAACCCACCGACCAUCACGUCGAGGAGGGCGGCAUCGGCUCUGGCAAUGUCGUCGGGUGCCCAGAAACUGGCUCCAAACAAGGCAAUGACAGCGCCCAAGGCUCCUCGACGGCCACUUUCUGCACUGAUGUCUCGAUCCAGGCCGGCGAAGCCGAUCACGUCCACGGCGGCCACGGCCACUGGCAACAUAGCAGCAGAAGCGGCGUCACGCACCACCAUCGGCUACAACAAAGGUCGAACGGCUUCGUCCAUGCUUUCUCGUCGAGCGCCGAGUGUAAGCGAGCGUCGCAACCCAGUGACCAGAGCGCCUACGCCUCGCGACGCAGAAAGUGACCUCACCAUCACCCCAGCACGCAUCCGUCAGGGCCCCAGCCGCAGCGAGACGCCCGCGGAGCGGCUGCAGUUCUUGUCGAUUUUCGACGACGUCGACGACGAGGAUCUGCCGCCGAUGCGAGGUCCACUGCUCGACUCAGACGAUGACGAGGAGUUUGAGAUGAAGCUCACUAUCUGA